CAGAAAAGUUGUCAUGCGCUAAUAUUUAUUGUCAUCAUGCAUGAAAUAAAGUGACAUCUUUUAGAAAUUUGAAUAUAUCAGCAAAUACUAAGAUAAAACGGGUUUUCGACAGAACAGUAAACAUUUUUGUUUUUAUCUGGAAACAUUUGUAUCAAUUUAAUUAACAACAAAUUUAAAAUUAAUUGAAACUCCGGUAACUUCAGUAGCAGCAAAGUCGAGUAUAAAUAAAAGCGGCGAAGUUUUAAUUGCAUUCAAAAAGUUCUAAACUUUCGACAAGUUUACAAGUAACCCAUUUUACUUUCGAAAGUAAUCCGUUAUAAUGAAAGUCGUAAUUUUGUAUGUUGCCAUUUUCGUAUUGGUCUCAGCACGUCCUGAAGUGGAAAUCAUCAAAUCGGAAUCUGAUGUGCAACCCGAUCAUUAUAUCUUCAAUUUAGAGACCAGUGAUGGCACUAGCCGACACGAGGAGGGCGUCGUUAAGGAUGCUGGCACCGAUCAUGCAGCCAUAAGCGUACAAGGCUCUUUUAGUUAUAAAGAUGAAAAGGACGGUAAACAAUAUUCUGUUAGCUACAUCGCCGAUGAAAACGGUUUCCAACCGACCGGCGAACAUCUCCCUCCACUGCCUGCAAUCCAGCAUUGAACUAAUCUUUCAAGCAAAGCGUAUCAACUUGAAUUCAUUACUUUUUCUCUUUCUAUAGCAAUAAUUGCAGUUAAAUAAAUCAGCAUUUGACAGUAGUAAAAAAUGCAA